AUGGUCCAGGUUCAACGGUUCAGAUUCUCAAUGAUAUCUCUAGGCACCUUGAUAGAGCAGGGAGCACGGCCGUCCGAUUACAUGGUGCUAUUUCCCGAUGGCACCUUGCUGAGCUGGCAGGUCGUGCUGGCUCUGGGAUUCGACCACGUGUACAGCUCGCCGCUGUUCCUCUCCCUGCUGCUGCUGCUCGCUGCCUCCCUUGCUGCCUGCACGUCAGUGCGCCAGCUGCCCAUGCUCAAGGUCGCACAGAGGUGGUCCUUCAUCCAACGGCCAGAGUCGCUCCGCCAGAUGGACUUCUCUGAUUCGCUGGAGAGGGCGCAGAUUGCUGACCUGGCAACGCUGCUCAUGCGCAAGGGCUACCAGGUUUUCCAGAAAGGACCAUCUAUGUACGCGUUCAAGGGUCUGGUUUUCCAGAAAGGCUCAUCUAUGUACGCGUUUAAAGGCCUGGUGGGCCGAUUAGCUCCCAUCGGUGUGCACGCUGCGCUGCUAUUGGUCAUGGCCGGGGGUUGCUACAGUGCGCUGGGGGGUUUCCAAGGGACUACCCUCACGCCACAGGGGUUAGACGUGGUUGUACCCUCUGCACUGCAGGGCAACAGCAUCUUUGCCCGGCCUACCACUGCAAUGAACAUGCUUGUGCAUGUGAAUCGUUUUUACAUCGAGUAUCGACCGAAUGGAGAGUUGAAGCAGUUCUUUUCAGACCUCGCAGUCACGGACCUAUACGGCAGGGAGCUGCAGAGGAACACCAUAAGCAUCAACGACCCCUUGCGCUGCCAGGGAGUCACCAUGUAUCAGACCCACUGGGCCACACAAUCACUGCCGCUUGCUCCCUGCCUCUUGCUCCGUGAAGCAAUUCUUCUCAGACCUGUGAAGCAAUUUUUCUCAGACCUCUCAGUCACGGACUUAUAUGGCAGGGAGCUGCAAAGAAAGACCAUCAGCGUCAACGACCCCCUGCGCUGCCAGGGAGUCACCAUGUACCAGACCGACUGGGCGAUCUCGGCCGUCCAGCUGCGAUCCGACGGUGGAGAGCCCUUCAAGCUGCCCAUGGCGUCGCUCCAGGAGCCGGGCAGCAGCCAAAAACUUUUUGGGACGUUCUUGCCGACGGGGGAGGAGGAGAAUGCGGAUGGGGGAGAAGCAACGACCACGGGCAUAAGCAUUCUUGCCCGCGACCUGCAAAACGUGGUGAUCUACGACUCGAAGGGCGAGUUUGUCGGGGUGAGGCGGCCGGGGUCGAACCGACCAAUCACAGUGGAGGGGAAGAAGCUGGUGGUAGAUGAGCUGAUCGGCAGCACGGGGCUGGAAUUGAAGAUGGACCCAGGCGUGCCCUAUGUGUAUGCUGGCUUCGGUGCCCUCAUGCUCACCACCGCCAUCAGCUACCUCUCUCACUCGCAGGUACGCAUCCCCUCUUGUACACACUUUCUCCUCCCUCCUCUCUGA